UUGUGCCUGGUGAAGAAAUAAUGCCUGUUGUUUUCCCUUCUGAUGCUUCUUCAGAACCUGAUGUUCCCAAAGGAAUGAGGCAUAUUGCUAAUUUACCCCAUAAUGAGAUUGUUUGUACUACUAUAUUUUCCAAAAAUAGACAACGUGUAUUUACUGGUGGAAAGGGCCAAGUAAAAGUUUGGGAUAUUAACAAUGUUACAUCAUUAACGUCAACUGACAACAAUGUCAGAAACUUGGAUUCUAUGGCUACUUUUCCUCUAUAUUCGUUCAUGUAAAUUAUU